AUGGCGGGAUCGCGGAAAUCAGUGAAUUUAUGGUGUUUUACAGCAAUAUGUGCAACAAUUUUUGUGCUGCCGACUGCGGAGGCUGAUCGGCUUAACGUUCCCCGGGUCUUGCUGCCGAUCUUCAAUGACUUCCCUGUUAAUUUCACCCUCGAAGUCACCGAGGGUGGAUGCUACCGAUGGUCUACUUCGAGACCUGAUAUAGUACGCUUAAUACCCAUAGAUGAAGAUUAUGAUAACUCGUGUUCUACCAAAGUUAUAGUCCAAACAGUUACAAGAGAACUCUCAAGAAAGACUGCCAUUAUUCUCGCAGAAGACGUGAAUACUGGAAACUUUUUGCGAUGCGAUGCUAUUGUAGAUGCCAUAUAUUCCCUAGACAUAGUUACUACCACAAGAGAAUUGUUCAUAGAGGAAGCUCCGGAAGCUUUUGAAGUUCGUGCUUACGAUGAGCAGGACAAUGAGUUUACAACAUUGGCUGGUGUUGAGUUCAAAUGGAGCAUAGGAAACAUUGAAAAAAAAGGCCAACAGUCAUUGGACAAAGAUUCACCAAAUGAUGUGCUGAAGUUUAUGACCUUCCAGGGAUCUCGCUAUGAAACUCCUCAUUCCGUAGAAAUGCUUGAUUGUGUUGGCAAAACUGGUAAUAUAAUUUUACUGGAAGGAGUAAAAACUGGUACUGCAAAGGUGUCUGUCGAGAUCUUGUACCCAGAAUAUAAAAAUGUACAAGCAGUAGAAGUGGAACUCAUUGUUGUUGCAAAUCUCAUUAUUAUACCAUCAGAUGUUACAAUUAUGCCCUCUGAUAGUUUCAAGUACCGAAUAGUACAAGUUCAUCAAGGACGACUGGAAGAAAUAUAUUUACCAACGAGCCAAUAUUAUUUAGAAGCAGAAAAUCCUCAAAUUUUAGAAAUUAAUAAUUUAAAGGGUAGUGCUCAUGCUCUGACCCACGGUAAAACUAAAGUUCUUUUGCAUGAUAAAAAUGUUCAUGAAGAGUAUGGUGCUAUUCUGCCUUCUGCAACAGUCAAUGUCAAUGAUGUUGCUUACAUAAAAAUUGCUGUCUUGCCACAUAGAAGUAGAAAUCUCAUUUUAGGAUUCACUCAUGAAAUUGUUGUUGAACUGUUUGACUGCAAAGACCACAAAUUUUAUGUUGGCAAAGGUGCUCAAGUAACAACAAAAAUAAGUGAAAACUAUUUUGAAAAAAAAUUCACAACUCAAAAUGGAACUCACGUUGUUGCCGUUCCCAUUGCCACUGGAACAACUGUUGUAGAAGCAACUUUGCUGGGGAAAAAUAUGCCAGAGCUUUCUGCUAAAGUAGAACUCGUAAUUCAAUCAGCAGUUACAAUACAUCCGCGAAUUUUGGCCUUGCCAUGGGAUCCUAAAGUCAAAACAAGAUAUGAUGUAGCUCUUAAAGCAAGUGGUGGUGAUGGUUCGUAUCAGUGGAACAGCCGUCAGCCAUCAAUUGUCACUGUUUCUCAAAAUGGUGCUUUGAAAAUUCUACAGAAAGGAACCGCGGAUAUUACCGUUUCGUUAAUCCACAAUGUACACAAUCGCGAUUCAGCCAAAGUUCACGUGUUGGAACCGAGUAAACUACAGAUAGUGCAGUAUCACAUGGAGGCUGCAGUCGGUGAAGUAAUUCACCUGCACAUUGCUUUAUUUGGUCAGAUGCACGACGGCUCAAAUGUUCGACUAAUUCCAUUUAAUGACUGCCAAGACUUGUCUUUUGAAGUUGAUAUCCCUGACGGCAAUUUCGUUGAAAUUGAGAGUUUGGAUGUUCAACCUGUUGGCAACGCUUGUAAAACAGUUGCAAUUGUCAGUCAGUCGAUCGGCACUUCCAAAGUUUCAGUUACUUAUGGCAGAAACUUGACUGACAAUGCCACAGUAUCAGCCUAUGAACCGCUUAUAGUGGUAAAUCCAAAAAUAGAAACGCUUUUAGCAGUAGGAUCAUCAAGAAAUAUUAUCUUCAAAGGUGGACCACUGGCUUGGUCUAGUUUAGCUCAGGGUUAUCAUAAGAAUGCUCAAGUUGGCGACAAUAGUAUACUUGAAGUUAUCGAAGAGGAGUCGUCCCACGAGGGAGAAAUUUCAGUCUAUAAGGUUUUGUGUAGGGCUCUUGGUGAAAGUAACAUGACCUAUACAGUUUACAAUAAACCAAUAUCACCCUUUUGUAAAGCACAUGAGGCAACUGCCCAUGUCAAAGUCAUUUGUGCUAAACCUCGAUAUAUUUAUCUGCAACCCGAAUCCAAAGACGGCAAUAACUGCCCAAUAAGCACAGAACGAAUCGUUGCUCGUAGCGAAGAAUCCUUAAAAUUACUCGUUAUCGUCAAGGAUGAACAUAAACGACGUUUCGACAAUAUUACAAGUUUGACCAUUGAUUAUUCUGUUAGUGCAGAUAUUAAAAUUCCUAGUGGAAGUUUGGAAGAAACCGAUUUUGAAUACAAUGUGGUGUUGCCCAAAAAUCAUUAUCAGCAGCUUACACCUUAUAAAUACGUCGAUUCAUUUACCGUACAAGCUAGAGUAACUGGUUACCAGAAGACUGUACUCUCGCAAUACAAGAUUAUUCCGGAGUAUCCGCCAUUUCCAGUUGAAAACGUAAAGGGGGGUACUGCGACUCCCAUAAUCGAAGCCAGCAUCGACAUUUUCUUAGUCAACGAUACUGUCAUAAGUUCUAAUAAACUAAAAAUCCUCAACGAUCCUAGCAGCAAGUAUUACCUCCAAGUGAGCCAAGGCUCGGGUUACUACGAUCUUGUUUUGAGUGACGAAGAAAUAGCCGACGUACGCUACGUUGAACCAACGCGAACCAUCAGCAUGGUUCCAAGAAAAUCGGGGAUUCUUGACAUUUCGGUUGUUGACCUUUGUCUGAAUUCUAAACCUGCUGAGGUCGAGAUCGAAGUACAACAACUGGCUAGCAUUGAAGUUGAUACCGUAAAUAAAGUCGAAAAGGACAAGUUCAUUACAGCAAAGCUCCAACUUUACGAUACAAACGGUUAUCUGAUAGUGCUCCCCGUGCUUGGAGCGAUAGACAUUAAAACUGAGACGGAGAACGGUUACAUUCAUGUCAAAGGCUCAGAACUUGACAGAACUCUGUACACCAUACACGGUCUGGAAGAGGGUGAAGCGCAACUUAUUUUCAGCAGCGGCCAAGGAUCCAAUCAAGUACGGAGCGAUGUUCUCAAUAUUCAGGUGUUUCCACCUUUGCAGCUGUUGCCGAAAAAUCUCACCACCCUGGUUGGUACUAUUUAUCAAAUUUCAGUGGUUGGUGGACCGAAAAAUGCCGAAAUUGAAUUUUCCACGGAAGACGAGACAGUGCUAGAAAUUGACGCCAGCGGAGUCAUUGAAGGGAAAGCCACUGGUGAGACAACUAUUUACGCUAAAGCGCUUGGAGAAGACUCAAAACAGAACAGAGUAGUAUUAUCCCAAGAUAAGGCGCAAGUGCGCGUCAUCCUGUUAGAGGGAGUGAAGAUAAUCGUUCCUACUCUGAGAAUCAAAGCCGGAGCUGUGAUUCCCGUGUGGGCUUUCGGUAUUCCCGAUCAUUUGACGCCUCUCAUUAUCGGCUCAAUGAAGUCUCCUUUAGUCUUCUCGUGGACAACAAAUGAUCCCAAAAUUAUGACUUUGCACAGUAUGUACGAGGGAACUGGUAUUAACGUCAGAUAUCAGAACGAAGUAACUCUCAGGGCAAAAGCUAAUAAACCGGGAAUUGCGACUAUUAUUUUAACAGCAACAACACCCUGUAAUGUUCUUGGUGGCUGCCGAGUUCAGCCGAGCUUCAGCUCAUCCGUAAAAAUAGAGAUCUUUGAAGAACUGCGUCUUAUAAAUGAUGAUACAACUUCGACGUCUUUAGUUUUAAUAAUGGCACCAAAUUCGUCGUUAAAACUUGAAACCAAUCGUGAUAAAUUUGGAUCGACUGUUUAUCAGGUGUUGAACAAUGGUCAGACCGUCAAUGAAGAAGCCGAUGAUCCACACGCUUUAGCGUCAAUUAUGAUUGACAAAAAUGGUGUCUUAACAUCUGGUGAAAAUUAUGGGAGUGGUAUAGUAACCAUAACUAACAGCGAAACGUUCAGUACCAAGCAAACACUCACAAUCGCAGUUUACGUUAAACCAAUUCAUUACGUGAUGCUGUCAUUAAAAUCAAACAUACGAAUAAGAAAUGGCGAAGAGUUAACUAUGUUACCCAAGAGCAUGGAUUUGGAUUACGUGCUUGAAUAUUAUGAUAGCGCAGGAUCUAAAUUCAACGCUGCAGAAGUUGAUUUCAAGACUUUAUCUAGUCGUACGGACUUGGUCACAUUUACCAAACAAAUUGAUAAAAAUGUGUUGAAUGCUAAGUUUGUCGAGAAUGGCGAACUUAUCGUUAAAGUUUUCAAUGAAAAAUAUCCGAAUGGAAUGUUUGAUUACGUACACAUGAUAAUUGGUGAAGUUCUCUUUCCUACUAAGGCUGUUCUGACUGUGGGAGAUAUUGUCUGCUUUUCAAUGCCUCUUUUGUCUUCUGACGGAGAUCCAGGGUAUUGGCAAUCGUCGUCGCCAGAGAUAUUGUACGUCGAGCCCAUAAGUGGCAUAGGUAGAGCUCGUAGUCCUGGAACUGCUCGUGUGAAGCAUAGCAUUGCUACCCACCUUCGAGACGAGGUCGAAGUUAUUGUCAACCCUAUAACAAAGAUAACUUUAGUUCCUUCCAAAGGAAAGAAUAUAACUGGAACAGAAAUAUUUAGCGUACCACUGAUACUGAAGGGCAAACACGAGACUUUAAAAGAAAAUAAUAUUAUAUCUCGAGGUCUAGGAGGUUGCAGGACUCAAACAUCUUUCUCAUUAAGUCACUAUCCUUUCAUUUGCACUAUUCAAUUUGCACCGCAACACUCUGGUGUAGGAGUAAAAGACAUUUUCUAUGCUAAGCCGCGGUUCGAUAUUGUUACUGGCUUGUACUACUGUGAUAUAAUUCCAAUGGGCUUACCAUCUUUGUCAUCGAGCAUAUUGGAAACCAAAUUGCGCGUUAAUGCACUAAGCCGAGAUAUUGAAGGAACUUCCAUAGAAGUAUCUUAUCUUCCCCCUAUGUACAUUCCUACAAGAGAGAUUUUGUUUUUGAACACAAUAGGCCAAGACGUACCCACUGCAACUCUAGAUGUAUAUGGUCUUUCAUACGUUUUAGAACAUAUAAUUAUCGAGACUCCUGAAGAAGUGAGUGUUGGGGCUCGUCAGUCUCUUACGAAAACUAAUACACAAUUCAAGUUAACUCUGUCCCAAAAUCAAGAGGAGGUUCAAGGUAGAAAAAUUAUUAUCACAAAUGAACUAACGAAGCAAAACAUUUCACUUCUCAUCCGUGUUCCUAAGUAUGAUCAAUUCCCUCGGAUUUCGGGUAUUCAGUGGAUUGAUUAUUUAUAUUUCCAUCGAUACACCUUAGGAACUUUUAUAAUACUCUUUAUGUCUUUUAUUCAUUUCAUGAGGAAUAAAAUGGCAAACAUCGAUGUUUCCGUGAAAAACAAGAACGUAUUUGCUGAAAAGUGUUCACCGCCUUUGAAAAAGACAACUGGUUCAGCUUCAAUGAAUGCUUCGAGCACUGGUAGUCCUGGUAGUCCUGGAACACCAUUGAGGCCUUUCUCUACUUUUGAACCAGUUUAUGGCGAUCCGAGGGGUUUCGCCACUCCAAAUUCACGAAGAAGUCGAAACAUUUUAUAA